AUUGGUAACCACUCUACGCCAGACAAUUCGUAGCUGCUGUCCAAUUGACGCAUUGCGAGGGCGUAAUCGCGGAGAGUCAUGUUGUGGUGUUGCUACCAGAAGGAGGAGCUAGUUGUGGUGCAGUCAGGCUGGAGAGCGCGGUGCUGGCCGAGGUGGGAGUAACCGGGUAACCGGUGAGGGCUUUUGUCUGUUGCUCUGUACAUUGACAGUGCCCAGGAUUCUCCACCUUGCUGGCUGUAAUUACAAUCUGACCUGGUGAAAGGGAUCAUGGUUUGACACUCAACAAGGAAGAACAUUGAAAGAUCCUUUGAUAUCUACAUAUUAUUCACAAGCAGUACCUGCGUGUGAUUUUUGCACAGUUUUGCACACUUUUUCUUUUCCAUGCAGACGAAUGAGGGAGAAACACUUGAAGAAAGCUGUUCCCAGAGAGAAGGAGCAAGAAAGGGAAGAACAGUUAAUGGAAGACAAGAAAAGGAAGAAAGAGGAUAAAAAGAAGAAAGAAGCUGCUCAGAAGGUCACAGAACAAAAAACCAAAGUGCCCGAAGUGACGAAACCAAGUUCAAGCCAAGCGACGGCCGCCAGCCUACCUGGCAGCUCCCCCUCGCCACCAGUCAAUGGUGGCAACAAUGCCAAAAGGGUGGCAGUGCCGAACGGACAACCGCCCAGCACCGCCCGCUAUAUGCCUCGGGAGGUGCCGCCGCGAUUCCGCUGCCAGCAGGACCACAAAGUGUUACUGAAGCGUGGACAGCCUCCUCCAGCGUCCUGUAUGCUGCCGGGGGGAGGAGCAGGGACUCCCCCCUCAACCACUGCUCCAGGGGCCGGCCCAGGCAACGCACAGCCAGGGGCGGGGACACUGCUGCCAGGGGAAAGCGGGGCUUCAACAGACUCAUCAUCGGGGGCAGCUGCUACUUCAAAUUAUGCAAAUUCCACUUGGGGCUCAGGAGGCCCCACCAGCAGCGGCCCCACCACAAACCCUCCCCACGCCUGGGACAAAGUGAUUGUAGACGGGUCGGACAUGGAAGAGUGGCCUUGCAUAGCCGGCGUGGACGCAGAGCCCCCUUCCGACAACGCCACAGACAACAACAGUGCCUCGAACUCAGCCUCGGAGAAGGGACCCCCACAAGGAAGCACCACUAGCCACAAAGGGCGAGGGGGCCAGGGCCAGCAGCAACAGCAGCAGCAGCCUGGUAGUGAAUGUAUCCAGGGCGUCUGGAAAUCUGACCCCAAGGCUAAGCCCGUCCCGUCUUCCAACCCUGCUUCAGAGGGUGUAAAUAGACUGGGAAACUGGAGAAAUGGGGGUGGGUCAGAGAGAGCAGGUUCUGCCUCUGGUUUCAGCAACUUUAAUCCAAAUACUAACCCAUCUGCUUGGCCUGCCCUUGUCCAGGAAGGCAACAGGAAAGGGAACCCAGAGUCAGACAGCAGCUUUUCUGGCGCACAACUCGGCCCAGUGGGUUUGACCUCUCGGGAGCAGCAGUCAAAGAUGGAAAAUGCAGGUUCCAGCUUUGCAGGAUCGGGCAGGGAGUCUGCCACAACCCAUCACACUGACGGACCAAAAAAUGGAAACACUAACUCUACGAACUCAAAUACUUUGAACCCUCCUGAUAACAAGGGAACAGCUUUUGGGGUGGGCUCAAUGGAUUCCUGCCGGGGUUCAGACUCCCCUGCUCAAAGCACUGGAGAAAGAAAGAAUGGGGGGAUUGGCUCUUGGGGAGCGGGAAGGGGUCAGUCUGCCACAGGAGAUGCUAAUUGUGGACAUAGCAACUCUGGGAGCAAUGGACGAGAGAGAGAAGACGCAAGGAAAGCGCCUUCAUCUCAUAGACCCAAUGGGUCAAGGGGGGAAUCUUGGGAAAGCAAAAGUGGGAAUGGUUCUUGGGGUUACAGCCCGCAGGCAGACCUCAGUGAAGUGAAAUGGAGUGAAGGGAACAAAUUGGGGGCUGGAGGGGCGUCUCAGGGAGAAUGGAAGCAGCCAGCCGGGCAUGAGGACUUAAAGGUGGGAGAGUGGGGAGGCUUGAACCAAGGAAACUCUAGCACUGGAGCAUGGGACAAUCAGAAGGGCCACUCUCUAUCGGAUAACCAGGGCAACACGUCAUCAGCAGCCUGCUGGGGCCGAGCCCCCAGCUCUGCAGGAAGUGAAGCUGGGGGGCAAAGCACUGGAAGCAACGCUAAAGCAGGGGGGAGCGGAGGAAGCGGAGACAGCCUGAACUCCAGCAGUCGACGUUCACACAGACCUGCCCUCCCAGACAGUCAGGCUGCUCUUCAGACUUUACUGAAUCGCACUGAUUUGGAUCCCCGGGUGCUGUCCAACUCUGGCUGGGGCCAAACCCAGAUCAAGCAAGAUGCAUCAUGGGAGAGUGAGGAAGUGCCCUCUCGAACUGAAGGCAAAUCAGACCGUGGGACUGAAGGUUGGGAGAACGUGUCCCAAGCCAAAACCUCAGGGGGUUGGGGGGAUGCUCCCAGCCAAAGCAAUCAAAACAAGUCAGGCUGGGGGGAGCCCCCUGUCCCUGCACCUUCAACCCAAGAAUGGAAGGACACCAAAGCAACUGGCUGGAAUGACUAUAAAAACAGCCCAACUGGUUGGGUUGGUGGAGGAGGUGGUGGGGUGGUUGGAGCACGACCAGAGGACAAGGCAGUUCCAGGUUGGAACAAUGAAAGUGGUGGGGCUGCGGAGCCUGGGUGGAGUACUCGCCAGUCUAAUCCAGGAGGUGGCUGGUCAGCAGGAAAGAAUGGUUGGGGGGGAAAUGGUAGUGAGGACAUGGAGCCUCCCAAGGCCCCUGGAGGCUGGGAAGGCUCAGGAAGCAAAUCCUCCUCUGGCUGGGGUGAAGUUGGACAAAAUGAUGUGGGUUCUUGGGGUAAUGGGGCAAACUCAAAUCCAGCUCCACGAACUGGCUGGGAGGAGACUAAGAGGCCCCAGGGAGGAGGAAACUGGGGUGAGGCAGCUAGGCCCCAACUACCCUGGAACAAACAGCAGGAAUCAACGCCAUCUUCAGCAACUCCUAGCACCUGGGGGGGCUCUCAGGCUCCCCCGCCACCUGGAAAUGGGAGGUCACAGCCAACUUCAGGGUGGAAGGGUGGUCCCCAGCCAACUGUUUCCAAGGAGGAAGAGCCAAGUGGCUGGGAGGAACCAUCCUCACAAUCCAUUGGUCAUAAAAUGGACAUUGAUGACGGAACAGCAGCUUGGGGGGAUCCUAACAAUUACAAUUACAAAAAUGUCAGCCUGUGGGACAAGAAUGCUCAAGCAGGCCCUGGGCAGAUGGCUCGGGAGCAAGGAAUAUCUGGGACAUUGGCAAACAAGGCAGCUCCCUCAGUGUGGAGUAAAAACAAAGGACCCCCAACUGACAAUGGGACAUCAGCUUGGGGUGAGCCAACUGAACCUGCUUCAGGGUGGGGAGAAGGUGAGGAGUCGGGUCCACCAACACCAGGAUGGGGAAGUGCACCCCAAGUAAAUCCCAGUGCCAUGAAAUCUGGUACAAAAUCUAUGCAAGAUGGCUGGGGUGAGAGUGAUGGGCCGGUGACAGGAACACGUCACAGCAGCUGGGAUGAAGAAGAAGAGGGUGGAGUCUGGAACAGUGCAGGUUCUCAGGGAAGUGGCUCCUCCCACAACUCUGCAGGUUGGGGACAAGGAGGAAAGAAACCACAGAUCAAGGGUCCCUUAAAAGGAGGGAGCAAUGAUACCUGGAUGAACACCUUGCCCAAACAGUUCUCCAACAUGGGAUUGUUGAGCCAAGUUGAUGAUCCCUCUACCACUAAGAUGGACCAUCCUGGCGGGCUUCCAGAUAAGAAGUUUGAGACAGACAAGCGGGGCGUGAAUCUCGGGGAUUUUAAUGACAUGAUGCGGAAGGAACGGUCUGGCUUCCGUCUGAACAAUUCCAAAGAGAUGGGAGCUGCAGACAGUGGGCCUUAUUUUGAGAAGCUGACUUUGCCUUUCUCCAAUCAAGACGGGUGCCUUGGGGAUGAGGCUCCCUGUUCCCCUUUUUCUCCCUCCCCUAGCUACAAGCUAUCUCCCUCCGGCUCCUCGCUCCCUUCCGUGGGCCUGGGGGCUAUCGGUUCUGGCCUCAACCCCCAAACCUUCGCUGCUAGACAAGGUGGCAAUCACGGACUAUUUGGAAACAGCGGUGCACAAUCGCGAGGCAUGCACAACCCUGUGCCAUCGCUCAACUCCUCUCCCAACCUCCGGGCACAAGUGCCUCCCCAGUUCCUCUCUCCCCAGGUCUCAGCCUCCAUGCUAAAGCAGUUUCCUAACAGUAACAUGAAUCCAGGACUUUUCAAUAUGGGGCCACAGCUUUCCCCUCAGCAGAUUGCAAUGCUGAGCCAGCUUCCUCAAAUUCAGCAGUUCCAGCUGGCAUGUCAGCUCCUCUUGCAACAACAACAACAGCAGCAACAGCAGCAGCAGCAGCAGCAACUCCUUCAGAACCAGAGGAAGAUCUCACAAGCGGUCAGACAGCAGCAGGAACAGCAGCAGAUAGCACGCAUGGUAAGUGCCCUACAACAGCAGCAACAGCAACAGCAGCAGCAGCAACAGAGGCAGCCAGGAAUGAAGCACUCUCCCUCUCACCCUGCUGGACCCAAAGGUCACUUAGAUGCUGUUGGACUCUCAGACAUGCAAGCCAAAGGGCACAUGCCAUAUGGAUCUGGUUUUGGCUCAAGUGGGAUGGAUUAUGGUACAGUAGGUAAGGAGGCGGGAGCAGAGUCUCGAUUUAAACAGUGGACAUCCAUGAUGGAGGGGCUACCGUCCACUGUUUCUCAAGAUACCAGCCUGCAUAAAAAUGGCUCCAUUGCACCCCCAGUAAAAAAUCGUGGAGGUUCCCCCUACCACCAAUAUGACAUGUUGUCUACGGAUGCUUUGGGAGGGCAUGGGGGGCCAACAGCUGAGAGCUGGUUACCUGCCAAAUCACCCCCUUCAAGCAAAAUUGGAAACAAGUCAAUCAAUGCCAGCUGGCCCCCAGAGUUUCAGCCAGGAGUGCCAUGGAAAGGGAUCCAAAAUAUUGAUCCAGAAUCUGAUCCUUAUGUUACCCCUGGCAGUGUGCUUGGGGGUCCAGCCCCAUCUCCCAUUGUAGAUACUGACCACCAGCUACUGCAGGACACCCCCACAGGGUCCAAUUCUUCCCUCAACACCUCGCUGCCUUCACCUGGUGCCUGGCCCUUUAGUGCCUCUGAGAAUAUCCAUAGCACUUCAGCACUCUCUGCAAAGUUUGGGGACUACAAAUCGACCUGGUCACCAGACCCCAUAGGACAUAACCCAUCACAUCACUCAAACAAGAUGUGGAAAAACCAGAUGUCCAGGAACAGCCCUGGGCUGCCUCGCCCACCUCCAGGGCUCACAAACAACCCCAAAGCCACCAACUCUCCCUGGAACAGCACAGCACCUCGCUCCGUCAGGGGCUGGGGCGGACAGGACUCCAGAAUGGCUUCUGCAUCAGCUUGGAGUGAUGGUGGAUCUGUGCGCCCCAGCUACUGGCUGAUCCUUCUUAAUCUCACACCACAGAUCGAUGGUUCCACCCUGCGAACGAUCUGCAUGCAGCAUGGCCCCCUGCUGACAUUCCAUCUCAACCUUACCCAGGGCACAGCUCUAAUCCGAUACAGCACCAAACAGGAGGCAGCCAAGGCCCAGAGUGCCCUCCAUAUGUGUGUUCUGGGUAAUACAACUAUCCUGGCGGAGUUUGCAACGGAUGAGGAGGUGAGCCGGUAUCUUGCACAAGCUCAGCCACCAGCUCCCUCUGCUCCAGGAGCAGGCUGGCAGCCUUUGGAAGUGGGACCGAACCACCCAGCUGAACCAGUAGGGCCAGCCCUAAACCUUUUUGGAGGAACCACAGGGCUAGGGCAAUGGAGCAGCGGCGGUGGUGGUAGUGACCUGUCAGGGGUUUCUCUCUGGGGUACUCCUAGCAGCUACACAUCCAGUCUGUGGGGUGUACCGAGCACAGAGGACGCCCACAGGAUGGGCAGCCCUGCCCCGUUACUACCCGGUGACCUUCUGGGAGGAGGGACCGACUCGAUAUAAACUUUGAACUUUCAACUCUGACCUCGUGACCUUUCAGAGCAGCAGCACUAACUUGACCUUUUCGUGUUUUUUUUGUUUUUUUUUUUUUUUUCAAACUUGCAAUAAAAACUUUUUUUUUUUUUAACAAAAAAUUGGGGGAAAAAAAGAAAACGGAUACAGAUAGAGAUAUCAGGUGGGUGCAAACUAAGACUCCUGAUCGCCAACGUUACAAAAACUUGCGGUCACUUUUAAAAGUGGUUGGUUUAACUUUUUUGUGCUUGCAAAUUAAUUCCUCCCCCAUUGGAUAUCUGAAGAAAGUGGGAGGAGGAAUAAAGAAAAAAAAGUUGGAAACAGUGGGGGGUGGGAAAUGUAGAAAAUGGAGAAAAAAAAGGACAAAAAAAAAAAAAACAUAUCUGUCUCGAAAUACUUGAAUACUGAAAGCCAAUGUUGAAAGACAAUGUGAAUUCAUAAAAUCUACCCUAUAAUACCUUGUGUGCCGGAUAGGUCUAUAAUAUGUCAUAAGGACCUUUCUGACAUCCAUGGAGUUCAAUCCUGUUGUGCCGGGGAGGGUGGGCAGAGUUGAGUGUUUAUCUAGAAUUAUUAUGUGGCAUUUUGUGAAAGCUGGAUGAAAAGGAAGGCAACAAUGCAGAAAAAGGUCAUUCAAACAAUAAACCCUUUCAUGCCAGAGGGGUGCAUUAUGUUGCAAAAGGACGUGUAGAUAUUUCCAGAGCCCGAGUUAGUGACCGAGGCAAAAAAGGGGCAAUGCAGAAAAGCUUAUAGAUAAGAACUGCUUAUAUCAGGAACUUCUGUCCUCUAGGCCGCUUUCUGCUGUUGUCUGUUUGGAGGAUUCUUGGGAGUCAUGGUUAAACAGUAGCAAAAACAUAACAAGGAGGAUUUUCUAUUCUUUAUUACACAGUAUGGGAACUGAGAAUUGUAGCAAGAACCCCCAAAUAGACCUGGGGGCCUAGGAAAAAUGCCCGCCCUUGGCUAAACCGGCCCUGGAUAUUUCCACUGACUGAAAAGGGAGUGAAUUCUUCUGCCUUUUACUAAUAAAGGUUAAUGGAAGUGGAUUAAUCUCCUCCAUACUAUUACCAAACAUUUCAUAGUAAGGCAGAAGGAAAGCUGGAAAUUACCUUUAUUUAUUUGUGUGAUGCAGGGAUGUACAGAUAGGUUUAGCCCAACUUCCUCAGACUAAUCCUGUGGCCAUGCUGCAGUGUCAGUCCUACAUUUUCUUUUAGCUGGCUGAAUUUAUAAUCUCUGUGUUUUUACCAUCCACAGACAAUGCUGCAGAAAACCUAUGUCAGGGUAAAGGAUGUGGUCUGGGCAGCCUUAUCAAAAAAGCGAGGCCCACCUCCUGGGCCCUACUUGCAGCAUUCAGCUGUUCCUUCACAAUUUCUUUCCAUCACAAAAUAAAGGUGACUGUGUGCACUAUAUCAGUGGGAAGAAGAUCCUCAGUUAAACCUUUUUAUUAUCAGCAAGACUAACAUCUUUGCAUUAAGCUCAUCUGGCUAGAAAGGAAAUUCAGUCGAUAUUUUUUAUAAAUGAAAGACAAAAAAGAAACCCAAGCCUUCACUCCAUCUCUUUUGUGGCACUUUAAAGAUGAGAACCUCAUUCUUGCAAAAAGACUUAGUAUUAAAAAUGAACAUGUUGGCAGCAGUCGGCUUAUUUGGAAAAUGCGUCCCCAACUCUGGGGGUGGGGGGAAGGGGUUUUACAGCGUUUGAUACAAAAUUCCCAUUUCAGUGUUUUCAUUGUGGUGUAUCAGCAGAAGGCUAAUUUCCUUGAUUCCUCAUUAACGCAGCUCUUAAUACUAAUGAAGGGACAAUUCUCUUGCCGUGUAGCCACUGAGUUCAGGAUUUUUCAACGUUAAAGGCACAUUUAUGGAUUUUGAAAUAGAUCAUAUCCAUGAAACUGCUUAUAAACCAAAAGCAAACUACUCUGCAGAAAAGAAAAAAAAAAGGCCUGAUAAUGGGGACAAAGGAGUCUUAAAGCCCUUUAUUUUUAUAUGUAAAAGUUUUUGCACCAGGACUGUUGGAUUUAAUUGUAGACACUUUACCAUUGGCUGCUUACACCCCAGAGUUGGUGGAUCCAUUAGCACUUCUGAGUGGAGAGAAUUGUUUUUGUGAGGUCAGUUCGAGUGAAGUUGUUAGAAUUACUGAUGCCACUUUAAAAAGGAAAAAAAUUUAAAAAAAAAGCAAAGAAUAAGCUGAAGCAUUUAUUAUUGGCAUAGGCCAAAGGCUAAUAGUAUACCCGCUUCCAUUCUGUAUCUCUGGAAUGAUUGGGGCAGUUCAGCAGAGAUAUCACUGGUACUGAUAGGGCAGAGCAACAUAACGGCUGAAAAAUAAGAACGCACAUGUCAAGGGUUGUGAGUUUUUAAAACAUCAAUGUAUGGGUGUUAAUGUUAAAAUUCAUGCUUAUGGUGGCCAUACAGGGUAAGAUUUGCUUGUUUGGUGAGGUUGACAAAUCUUUCCCUCAAUAUGCCCACCUUGGGUGGGUGAUAUAGUGCUAAUGUGAUUGGGCCAAACAAUUGCAUUACAAUGAAGGGGCAUAUAAGAAGUUACAAUAAGUCAAUGCAGUCCUUGUUGUGACAGAAAAAUCAAGCCUGCCUGAUGGACAUCUGGAUGAUUUUUGGCCAGAUAUUGGACAGGGAGGCUUGUUGGAGGGCCCCAUACAUGGGCAGAUAAGCUGCUGAAUCAGUCUGAAGGACUCAAAUCAGCAGCUUAAAUUUGACCAUGUUUGGCCACCUUCCAUACACUGUGUGCAUGUAAAUCUAUAGUAGACAUUUGCAUUGUGAUUAGCAGAGCUGUUUAACAACCAACUCAUUUGUUUGCAGCUAAAUGUGUGUUUUAUUCUGCUCACUGUGGUUAAUCACAUGGCUGUAAUGUGAACUACCACCCUGAGAAUAAUGGCACCUAUUUCUAGCUGCUGCAAAGCAUGAUCAAGCCCUUCAGCUGGAAAGAAACUGACAUUUGCUAAGGAGGAGUAAUAAAGUGGAAUAUCUCUUGCAAGAAGUGUUGACCACCUUUAUUCAGUAUUGUAGCUGCUCCUAUGUACGUUUUAGAUGCAGAUUAAUCCGAUGCAGAGGUCCUUACUUGUUGCAAUUCCUUCCUUUGGUCCCUCCCCUCCCCCAAUAUUGCUGCCUUUACUGUGUUGCUGCCUGUAAUGCAUAACUCAUUUAGCAAGUCAAGAAUGAUAGGAUACAAUCCCUAAUCUUUAUUUCCUGAUGUCCUCACUAGAUAAUACCUGGAGCAGAUACCUAUAAGCAGUGGGUUUGUUAGCGCUACCUCCACCCAGUAGGCAAUCCUGCUUAUUUUACUUUAAUCUUCUCCCUAAACUUAGUUACUGAUGCAUAAAUGCCUUUUCCUCUCUCCAGUGCCUACUGAAUGCUUGAUAAAGCCAGCUAAUUGUCCUUUGAUAUUGGGUUUACUGAGUUAACAAUCAUUCAGAUCAGUUAGGUUUUAGUAAAAAAAAAAAAAAAAUAUUUAAAAAAAAACAAAAAAAAACACAACUUUAGGGUACACUCCAGGUUUAUCAUUGACAGUGAAAUGAAGAGCAGUUUUUAAAACGGCAUCAAAGAAGUGAAAAGGGUGCUGGGUGACUGAAAUCCAUGCGUCUAACUAAAAAUUCCUCUACCUUAGUCUGUUUACCAAAACCAAUGCUUAAUGGCUUAAGAACAUGGAUUUUAAACAUCUGGCCAUUUGUAAAUGAAUGGAAUGGCUUGUGGUGAUCACAUGUCACCCCCCCCUUCCCUUCAUGGCCACUCUUUCAUACUGUUGAUUCGUGUAAUGUGGCAUUUACCACCUUCGGCAUUGAAGGGGAAAUAGACAGAGGCCUGCUAUCUACUCAACUAAACAGUCUUCAUCCAUGAGACAAAUUGUGUUUCUGUUAGGCACCUUAUAGCCAAAUAUAUAGAAGGUACUUGAUAAUAACAUGAUGGCGGGAUACUGCUUAGUUAGUAUUGGCCUAUAACUAUGCAUUAUUGUGGGCUGCUUAGAAAUCUGCAAUGGUCGCUAUUGAGCAGCUGCUCAGCAUACGGUGGCCAUUUUAAUAACUAAACUGUGAGACGGUGUGUGUGUUUGUGCGCGUGUGUACGUGUAACAUGGGCUAACGUUGUAUUCUGAAAUUUCUGGAUUCUUAUCUUGUUACCUGCAUUGCGGUUUUUUUUCUUCAAUAUUAAACUGCCUUUAUCAUGGGUGAACUUUGAAAUGACCUCUUCCAUUUUCCUGAAUGUCUUGUUUAUGCUCUUCAAUAUGUAACUAUUUGUUGAUAUCCCUUCCCAAAUCCAUAACUUAUUUUGAAGGACUAUGGACUGGAUAAGGGGUUUUUUUUCAGAUGCAGCUUCCUAUGGUAAAUAGAUUUGGUCGCCAUCAUGAUAUAUUUGAUUGGUAGCAGAAUAGUGUUGCUUAAGGGAUGCAGAAUUAGGCAUGUGAUUGGGACUUGUGUGCUUUACUGUACAGUCAUUGGCAGCUUUGUUACACUGGCCAUGAGUGAACCCUGACUCGAGGUACUGUCUUAAAUGGGAUUCUACAUGCCAUUAUGUCAUUAAAGAUCAAUGAAAUGUUCCAUAAAGUUGGUGGGUUCUUGUGUAUACUCUCACUGGGUAAUCACAGGCUGAUACUGACUGGCUUUUUAUCCAUGUUUAUAGCCAAAAUGACAGAUACCUGACUAAUAUAUCGUCUGGGCUCUAUCCAGUAUCAAGGAAGGUUGUAAACUCCUAUUUUGUGAGGACUGUUUUGGGCUAUUGGAGCUAAAUGUUAGCCUUGGAGUCGGUGAUUGACCCUGUUUAACUACAUCAUCACCAAACCAGUCUAUCUUUCUAUUUAUGGCCAGCUUUGUAUUAUUAUGCACAGGAAAGUAUGUGUUACACUCCAGCAUAUCAGCAAAUGUAAUUCCAAAGGGCACGUAGUGUUGCUUUUUGGUGAUCUAUCAACAUGUGGCCAAACAUAAAAGCUCUUGCGUUAAGAACUUUCCAAUAAAGUAGCUAAAAUGCUCUCCUAUACAAAGAACUGCUUACUUUAGCUUGAAAACCUGAAUCAGCCCUCACUCCAGUCCCCCUACUCCAAGUGAAACACUGAAUCCUCUGACUUUAAAAUUCACUUUUAUGAAGAAAUGUAGUUAACCAAAAAUAAACCAUUCUAAAUGCCCUGAUGUACAGUGGAGGGUUAUAAAAAAUAAAAGGGGGGGGGGGGGUCAUAUGCAUAUGCACAAAUUACAAUUUCCAGGAACUAACUGGGAGUUAGAAUGUGAAAUUAUCUGGAGGGCCCUCGAUUGCCAAUCUGUCCCUUACCAUGGUAAUCAUCCAAGAAAUUCUGGUUAUUUUCUCUACAGUAUCUUGUUUCCUGGCAAUUGUAUGAAUAGCAAACAGAUCAACAUCAUCCAGUCCAGUCUAAUAGAAACACUAUAGGAAAUAUUUCUUGUGUAACUGGUUUCAGGGCCUAAGACAUGUUUUACUGUUGAUCCAUUGACGGCCUGGAGGUUUCCUUCAGUGCAGAGUUGGAACUAAACUAGGUUGCCAAGCCCACCUUUAAUAACAGGGUAGGUUCAAGUGACACUAACUCUUCCAAACGAUUGGUAGGGCUGGUGUGCCCAAAAAACAUAAUGUGUGCUGCCAUUAUUUUAGAAGAGAAAAUGACACACAAAAAAAGGAAUGGGCAUUAGCAGUAAGCUGCAACCGAGUAGGUUAGUCAGUGGAAUAAUGCAGGUUCUGAUAGGAAAAGGACAUCAUUUUAGAUUCUAUUCAAGAGCAGUUUGGACGCUAAUAGCAGUUCACAUAGAACCCGGUCUUUUAUUAUAGCCUCAUAUUCUGUUGUCCCAACUCUGGAACUUGCCCACUUGUAGAUAUAUAAUGUGUGCACCUACUGCUGCUUUUACAUUCUGCACCUUUAAGAAAUUGCAUUCUUCUUGUUUUAAAUGUUUUUUUCCUUUAAACAGGUCUUGGCUUGUGCCAUUUUACUUGCAGGCAUAAGUAUGAGUAGAGUAAGGUACACAAGACCCAAAUGUAGGCGAAAUCUGUAGUGGCUGCUCAGCAAUGGCUUUUCUAAUUGGAGACUGUAGAAAGCGGAAUUGACCAUUUCAUUAACAAUUCAGGGGGGUCAUAAAGGUACAGUGCAGAUUUGGUAGGGGGAUAUCUGUUGUAUCAGUGUUUAUAUUGUUUCUGCAGUCUGUCUCAGAUGCAGUCAGUUACAGCAAAAACCCUUUUUACGACAAUGGAAUUUAGAGUGCAGUUCAUGUCAGUGGGCACUUUGCUCUCUGUAUGAGUUUAGCACAUAUUCUCUUAAUACAUGGCAUAAAUCUGUACAUAUAUGUAAGCUCGUCAGGGUUAAAUUCAGUGAUGACAGCAUUUGAUUGGCACAAUCAUAUACCUGUCAUCAUUUUUUCAAAUUGAAUUCAUUACCAUAUUCAGAGUGAAACUUCCAUUAAAAAAAAACCCAGAUCUAAUUUGUCUGAAAUAAAGUAAGGGCAAAAAGGUUCAGUGCAGGAAGGCUGGGGUUUCCGCGGGCAGGAAGUUUACAUUCAUUUGGGCCGUCCAAUCUGCAGACCCCUCCAGCAGCUAGAAAGUAUCUAACAAUUGUUACACACAAUGUCCUUUGUACUUUGUAUCUGAUUUCCCUCUCCAGGGACCCUUUGGCCCUGCCCUGUAGUAGUGGAAAACUUUCAGCAAUGGGGGCAAUGGCACAGUAGGCAUUUUAAAGAGCAAAUCAAGAAGAUGAUGGUGCUUUGUCUGACACUGAUAACAGUGGGAAGCGUUGCCAGUAACCGUGCAUCUGUGAAUUUUACCAAAAUAUGUGCCCUGUGCUGGCACUCAGAAUGCCUUUUAUGUACCAUUGCGCUAAGCAUUCCCCAACCUAGAAUUGUGUAAGUAAGAUGCACGCACUACUACUAACAACUUACCCAUAUGGGAAGGAAAGAUCUCCAUUACAUGCUGCUUGCUGGAAAGCCAACCUAUCCCUUGUCUCUUGCACCAAUGUAUUCUGAUGUGGAAUUCCAGUUUAAUUCAUAAACCCUUUGUGUUGCAGCUCCCUGUACCCUGAGCAACAAAGGGGCUUAAAGCAGUUGUUGUAUUUCUGUCAGAAGCACUUAAAUCUGCAGCCCAGAUCUUGCAUACUGUCAUAAAUCAGUAUUAUCCAUGAUAGGUUUUCUUGAGCUUUUCAGCCUAUUGUUGUGCCUAUAACAGUGUGACCAUCAGAUAAGGGUAAAUGCUUCCCUUGGCUCCUGCACUGCUAUGGGGCAUAUUUGCUAAUGGUUUGUUAGUUCCAAACUGUUGUGGAUGGGGCUGAGGGUGCUGUUAUGCUGGAGGUUGUCCACACAUUACCUGACUACUCCUGAUUAAUUUCUGGCAUAUGGAUUUUCUCAACAUUUUUGUCAUUUGGUCAGGGGUCAGUAUCUGCUUCUGGCCUUCUGCAAAGGUUUGUGAAGUGAAUGGGAAUGAAUGGAAUUGAAUAACAUGCUUUUUCUACCAAUUUCUGUGCGACAGGGACUAUAUAUAUAUAUAUAUAUAUAUAUAUAUAUAUAUAUAUAUAUAUAUAUAAACACAGGUGACUCAUAAUAUAUCCAUGGACCUGUGUCAGUUUACAAUAUAGGGUGCAACGAGCGUGUUAGCAGACAUUUUUGUGUGUUUCAGGUAGGGACAUCCUACCGCGAUCUCUUUGGUAUAUUUUUGUUGUAUGCAGUUUCAAAAUUUCAGUAAAAGAUGAUAGCAUUUCUGUUUAGUCCUAUGUCAGGCAUCUGUUUUUUGUUUGUUUGUCAUCUGCACUCCAUCCCUCUGGUGUUAUUGCCAAGCCUUAAAUUGGAUUAUGUUUUUUUUUUUUUUUUUUGGAAAGGUAACAAAUAUACAUUAAAAAGUCAAUUGACUUCUUUAAAAGACUAAGGUAUCUUCUGUAUUGUGUUUUGCUUAUGAAACUGUUUUCCAUGCAGUAAAUUAUUUACUUGACACUUAAAAACAACUUCAUGUGUUGAUUCUGUUUUGUCUGUGAGGGAAAGCUUCUUAUCUGUCUUUCACUUCUAGCAAUGAAGGGGGGAGAAGGGCUCAGGGCUGGCUUUGUGGUAAAUGGUCUGAUCAUGUGUCGGGGAGUGUGUCUGCUUGUGAGCAGAGACCAUUUUUCUGACCAGCAUGACCAAUAUAUGACCAUAGCGAACAAUAUCUAGCUGUGUACGGGCACCAGUAAUAUUUAAUUGAAAGCCAUAAGAGAUGUUAACACCAAGCUAGGGAGACCAAUAUCCCCUUGACGUCUGGUCAGAGUAAUAACUUGUGUAUCCAUGGGCAUUUGACCUGUACUACAUUUUUAUGGGUUCUACUGCAAGUUUUAAUUUGACGAAUGCCCCUGUCACAGGAGUAUAGGCUCCAAUCCUUGGAACAGUGGAACAUGCAAAACCCGCCACAAGUCCAACCAGAAUGAAACAUCCUAUGGGUACAUAGCUUUAACAAGCAGCAAAGCGUUGAACUAUCCCUUAGCCAACAAAUUAUUUGCAACUUAGUUUACUUGCAUUGGAGGAAAAGAGAUGCUCAAAAAUAGUAAAUUAGAUUCACUGGAAAAAUACAUUUUUGGGGGGUUUGAUGUUAUUUGGAUAUAAUCACCACACAUAUCCAAAAGGUGAUGUGAGCUGCAUUUUCAGAUACUUACAGUAACCAGCAACCUGUGCCAACCAUGGCUCCAUCACUCACAGGGCCACAUAAAUCAGUGGCUUCUGGGAUUCACAUUACAAGCAAUGGUGGAUGAUUGUGUAGCACUUUGCAACAGUUACACAACUACCAGUGUUGCACAGGGGAGCCAUGUUCGGAGGGGUGUCUUAGCUGGCUCUUUGUGCUGUUAGCUCUGUCACGGUAUUUGUGUGCAUGAAUUCCUUGUUUACAGUGCAGUUACUCCUACUAUCCUUGUCUAAUUCAGUCUAUGGUGCUUGCCCUGUUGCUGUCGGGUAGAUUGGCAAUUUCAAAGAUAGCCAUCAUCAACCAGAGCCACUGUUUACAUUUGCCAUUAACUAAAGGGAAUGAAAUGCCCAGGGCUGCUGCUUUUUCCUUCUCUUGUUGCUCUAGGAAACCUGCCUGUGCCAUGACAGCAAGCAAAGGGAAAGUAAACCCCACCUCAUUACUGCAUACGAGCCUCUGACUAAAUGCAUUGUUUUAUUGUCUUCUACUGUGUGCUAGAGGGACCAUGUCCAGCUGCCCUCUCUGUAAAAUGGCUUUCUGCCCUUGUAUGUAAUGAAGACAUAUAUGCAACAUUGCCUUCAUGUGCUAUCUGUAACUGCUAAGGGAGGACAUGUGAACUCAGCUAAAAUGCCAGUAUUGUAACAUUAAAUGGGCAGUGUAGCCUUUAUGCCUCAUUAGCACAAAUUUCAUUAAGUUUUAUGUUUUAAAGAAUGAAGUCCUUCCAUAAUAAUGAUGCUCUUUUUUUCCCCUGAAUUUUGUGUGACUAGGCAUGGAUUUGUAUUUCUUAAGAAAAACCUAUUAAAAUAUAUUUUGUGUGAGUAAGAUACAAGGUCUGGCAUAUUUGGUCUUUUAUAAAAGUUUGCGGAUAUUGAUGUAGAUGUAUAAGGUAGCCCUUUAAAGAGGGCCUACCCCGAGCAGUAGAGCCCUGUAUUAAAGUUAUUGUCAUGUGAAGGCAGGAUGACCCUGUUCAGCAUUGUAGGCUACAUCAUAUCAUUCAUGUUAUGACCUUAAGUCAGACCACCAUGAUUCUUUACUCCCUGUGCAGUUAUGUGGCGUUUACUCUGUGGCCAAACAUGUCUGCUGCCCCGCCUGUCCAACAUCUCAUUCCCAAAGUAUUCAUAUGAAGCUGGUCCUUGCUUUGCUGCUUUAACAGCCUCACCUGAGAGGGCUUUCCUCUAGAUGCUGAAUAUUGUUGCUGAUUCCAUUCAGUCACAAGAACAUUAGUAAGUUUGGGCACUGAUGUUGGGGAUCAGGGAUGGCGUUGCAGGUCAUCCCACUGGUAUUCUAUUGGGUUGAGUUCAGAGAUCUGUAAAGGCCAGUCUGAAUCUUCCACUCUCACCAAACCAAUUCUCUACAGACCUCUGUGUGUGUGUGUGUGGGAUGGGGCAUUAUCCAAACGUUUGCCAUGAAGUAGGAAGCAUGGAAGAAUGUCAUUGUACACCGUAGCAGCACCUGUGUCGGCAAUGGGUGCAACUUAAAUCUUCAUUUAUUUAAAUCAUUUUUUAUUACAUGAAGCUGUAGGGUUAGAGGGUCCUGCUAAACUAGCCAGUCCCACUAAAAAGAAGGGACAUUCAGAGUUUUCUGUGUAUAUAGGAUACACACAAGCUUAAAGUGAAGUAUAAAGCUUAAUUUUGUGUUUAUAUAUCAAGCAUUGUUGUUGGUUAUGGCAUGAACAGAUGGCAGGGAUUUCCUAUAGGGACCAUUCUGCUCAGUAGAAGAGCCCAUGGCUGAGCAGCACAGUGUGUGAUAACUGGAGGGUCAUGGAAAAACUGAACCUUUAUUCUUUCUUCAUCCUUUUAUUCUUCCUCCUAAUCCAUAUAUAUAUAAUGCUUAAAAUAUCUUCCUCAGAGCUGCUAUUCUGGCUUUUGCAAUGUGGUGGGUUCCAAACUGCCUUAGCCUGGUAACUGUGAUAUCCCAUGAAGCUUAUUUGCGUUGGUCACAGCAUAAAAAACCCUUGGACAUUUUGUUUUCAUUAAACCAAACUAUGCAUUAUGUGUAGUUUUUAUUACAUAAAUUGGAACUUCGUGGAGCAUUUGGCAACAGUAUUUUAAAACUGUUGUGAAUUGUAUUUUUUUUUUUUUUUUUUUUUUUUUUUUUAAAUAUUGGUGUGCCCUGAUUUCCCACCUAUAUGCGAUUGGCCUAGGUUCAGAUCAUAAGAACAUAUACAGACCCACCUUUAGUGCGAAAAUAUACCUUCCUUUCUGACAUAAGCUCUUUCAUGUGGGCUAAUGUAGAAAAGGUGCAAAAACACCAUCUGAGCUUCUAGAUAUGUUGUUUUACAGAGACAUACCUGACUCCACUCCAUAUUGAAAGAAAAACCAUGUCACUCAGAUGAACCAUUUCUAAACUAUCCUUAGGCUCGCAGUAUAAUGCGAGCCCUCCCUCAAUUUGUUCCAUUGCGAAGUGAUGGAUUCUGGGACUUGAAGUCCUGCUUUACACCACCCAUGUUGGAAAAUGGGUUUAUCAGACAAUCAUGGUUUCCUUUUAAUCUGUGGAAUCCGGUAUAUCGGUGUAACAGCAAAUACAUUUAUAUUAGUGGCAGUUUAGCUAUUCCGAAUACACCUUAUUACAUAAGCCCAACUCUAUGAGCUCAGGUCAGAAAGGGGCUAUAUGUUUCCUUGAAACCAGCCGGGUAGAUAUAAGGCCAAUCCAUGGGCAGAUAUUGGUUGGGUUGAUCAUAUGUUUGGCACCAUUUACAGUCCAACAGGCUGCUAACUUAGUCUUGGACAGUGUAUGGUCAGCUUUAUAGUGUGGCAUUCUACCAACUGUCAGGUCCAUAGGUCAGUGAGUGUUGGACAGACAUUUUAGACCCAUGUCCCUGAUGCUUUCCCAAUAGAUGGUUUCUGUGCACAGGAAACGUUUCUGUAGAUUUGCUUUGGCAUAUUUCUGGGCCAGCUGGGAAUAUUUAUGCAGUAACCAAUAGAAAAGUAGAGCCUCUGAUUUGUGAGAUCUACAGAGAAUGCAUUAGAGAAGGCAACCAUCUUGGCAGCUUAAUUCCAACACAGAAGUGCAAACAUUCUAAAACGCUCUGUACGUAUUAUACGAUAUACCCUGUUAUUUCAAUGAGAUGUAUUUCAAAGUAAUGAAUUGGGAUAACAUUCCCAAAACGGCCAGUCAGGUGAGUUUGAUGACUAACUAGUCCCCAUGUUUUUAAAUCAGCAGUUAUUGCUGCAGAACUCAAAUCCUUUGUGAAUUGUCUUUUAUUUAGAAACAAGCAGUAAAUAUGCUGAAAUAACUUUAUAAUGAAGUGACAGGUCAGUGUUCCCCUUUGUUUUAUGCUUUAAAUGAAGUCAAAAGAAAGGGCAAAUCAUGUAUUGGGCAUUGGAUCAAACUCAGGUAGUGCCCUCAGAUCUUCUGCCCUUGUUACUACAAGCAGCACCACUACGAUUUUCCUUCAGAUUUCCUUUUCCUGCCUGUGUUUUAAAGCUUAGAAUGCCCUUCGGACAUAGAUGGAUACAGUGGGACCGUUUGGAGCAACUUGACCUUGCAUUGCCUAAACGCCGGAAAGCUCUAUGGUGUGCGCAUAUAAUGUGCAGCAUAUUCUGGGUGGCACAGGCCUGUUCCUAGACAAUGUUCAGAUUGUUUCUUUCAGCCCAGAACUAACUUUGUACUUAGGACACACCGUUCCAGUUCCUUUUGCUGUAGUUGUGUGAAUGCUUACAAUAGUACUUGGCAGAUUUUGAGCAUUUUGUGGUUUUUGUUUUCAAAGUGAAUUAACCUUUCUGGAUCCAUCCAUGUGCAAGCUUUGUAGCUUUUCCGUCUUUUAGGGUUCAUUUAUUUAUUGGCCUUUGCAGAUCAAAGUCACAUUAAUAUACAGAUUUUCAAAAGAGAUAUUCUUUGGUUUAAAACAAGAAUCCAAGAAGAAGAAAAGCUUAGUUACCUUAAAUCAUUUAUGCUAUUAAAUCACCUCCCCGUAUCCUCCACCAGUUGUUUGCUGCCCAAGUCUAAAUCUACUCCCUCCAAGCCAAUCCGUGCACUGCGUUUCAUGCUGACAGCAAAAUGGUUCAAAUGUAAAACUGUGCCUGACUUCUAGAAACUUCGGAGAAUAUGCUUUGAGAGAGAUUUUUUUCUAUACAAAAUUCAGUUUCAAAACCAUUUACAAUUUGUUUUAUUUGGAAAAUUCAAAAUGGUUUAAAAUGGACUACUGUGAAUGAUUGAUAUAAAAACUUCAUACUCUUAAAUAUAAUCAUCUUUUCAACUACAAUCUUUGUUCUAGGUUUGGAUCUAAAAAGUACUCGUCCCUAGAGAUGUCCGAUUGUUUCUGUUAUGUUUUAUUAAGACUAGGCAUAAUUGUGCGAUUUGGCGCCAUUAAGUUGCAUCUGGCUGUGGGCGGGUCGGAACUACAACCCCCGAUUUUAUGUUUUUCAACACAUUUACAAGGAAUGUAAAAAUGCACUAUGAUAUUAUUGUUAGACAGAAAGCAAAUUUUUGAAUACAAUUUCAAGUUGACAAGGAAGGGUGGAAAAUUCAGGGCCCUCCGCAUUUUUUUGAAGUAUACAAUGUCUUAAUAUGUGUGCUUGUGUUACUUGGAUUCUGUGUUUCCUCAACUAACCAAAACAAGCAAAAAGAUUUAUAUAGAAAAAUAUAUAUACAUAUAUUGUUACUGUAUGGCGCUUACGUUUUAAUGUUAAUUUAUCAGGCCUGGAUUAAGUGUGUCUUUAUUUCCUGCUGCUUUCUCUACAUGAUUGGUCAGUGCUCCCGUUUUAAGGAAAGAUCUUUUUUUUUUUUUUUUUAUGUUAAUCUCUUCAAUUGAAAAAGUACCUAUAUAUAAUGCAAAGGUGGCUUCCAAAAGGGGGGAGUGCCAGAGAGGCCAUUGGGUGGGGACCUCUUAAGCACAGUGCGUUUCAAUGAAGAUUGUUCUUGUUCAUUAACCUCUCUGCGACCAGAAAUGCCUACAGCGUUUGGGGCGGUUCAGUUUACUUCAGUGACCAUAAUGGGGACAGGGUUUGGACUGACUGGCCAUUGUUUACAAUCCAUUGAUGCGCUUUAGGUCUCCGACACCCAAAUCUACUUCCUACAAAGUUUAUUGUGUAGUUGAUGUGACCAUCAGUCGCCUGCAACUGCUGCCAAAGGAAUGAAAUUCUAAUGCAAAGAUUGACUUACACUGAAUUCCAAAACCUGCAUUUUCAAGCGGACUCUGGACCAAAACCUUAAAUUAAAAUCUGGAACACUCAGAGUAAAGCAAGAGACAAUGAACAUUGCUUUCCAUGAAUCUUAUCAACAUCUCCAAGUCUUAAGCAGAGUCUGGCAUAGUUCUGUAGUAACUGAAAUGCAAGAGGGGUAUCACUGUUUUUCAGCCUGUUAUAUUUGUGUCAAUAUUCUAUAUUUGUUCAACACAAGUAAAAAUGUCAUUUUGUUGGGAGGCUACCUUCAUCUAUUUGUAAUAUUGUUCUGGGGAGGAUAUUUGUAUCUCGGGGUGCCAUGUUUGUUCCUGGAAGUGGGACCGUAGAAAUGAAAGUGAGGUGCCUGUAAGUAAGGGGCAUCUUGAAAAUGUCAGGGUAUGGAUUUGCGCUUUCAUUUCUAGGCAUAAAUCCUUACAGCCUCCUUCAUUAGGAGAAGACUACAAACUGAGGGACAUGUCCUUAUCAUUAUGUUGCUAGCAGGCCAGAUUGUUAAGAAUAUUGGGAUUUUAGCAUUAGAAGGUACAGGACAACUGCAUCUCUUGUGCUCAAAUAUGGAUGUUCUUGAAAUCUGGCCAGUUUGCAUCUUUACAGGAGGGACUGAUACAUGUAUAUAAUGUGAAGUCCAUUGUCAGUAUGUCAUCCCUAUAAUGUGCCCUAUACCCAAGAUGUCAGUAGAUUAAAAUGACUUGCAAGAUCAGCGAGGAACCCCUCUUUCCAUCCCCGAUCAUACCACACUUUGAGGUGCCAAAACGUUUGGCCACUGUUAAGACCUUCACUGCCAGACACACUAAUGCAUGUCUCAUUUAUGAGCUCUGAAUGAGGUUAUAAUGGUGUGUAAGCAAGAGGAACAUUGCUUUAAACCUAUUCUGACCCUUUGUUAACGUCAUCUUUUCUAAAUGAUACUUGAAUUAGCUCUGCUUCUGUGCAUCUUGUGGAUCCUGUUGGCAUUAAAUCCCAUUCAGACAGGGCCUCCCAGAGCAAUUCUUUGCAAGCACACUUCUUUCAUUAACUUCCAGACUGGGAAAGUAGAAGCCAUGUAAUGUACUAUCACUGGUUCUGGGCUAGGAAACUAUUUUCCCUGAUGCUUCUUAACACCUAAUCACAUCAUCUUAGAACUUGUCUAAGUCCAACUGGACAAUGAUCCUCAGUCAAGCACAUAUGGUAGAGCGUUGCUAUCCUUUAUUUGCUUCCCAGAAGGGGCAAACAGAAUUAGGUUUAUCGUGGAAAUAUUGCCAGAAACCCAGUUGUGGGCAAUAUUACUGAUUACAUUCCUUGUUGCCUUAUCAAUGUGGCUAUUGCAAAAUCUGGACAGAUGAACACUGUACAAAAAUCAGGUUUUUCCGACGUUACACCCAAAACCACCACUUGAUUAGACGCUUAAAUGUUGGUUGUAUUGUAGCUGUACCCUGCCAUUUUAUUACACACUGUCUCUCUCUCGAUCUACACGCCAACAAGCACAUUUCAAUUAUCCAUCCACCACAGUACUUUCUCCCACCCCCUUUUAUUUCCUAUCACCGUGUUGGAAAUCUACGUAGUAUUGUGGUACUUACAAGAAGGAGAAUGCUAUUUUGCUGAUUCACUCAUAAUAAGAUGUUUAAACUCUAUAAGUUGUGUAUAAGCUGAGACCAUAGUUUUUGUUUUACAAUGAUUUGUGUUUUCUAGCAGCUGGUACUGUAUCUUUACAUGACUCAGAGGCAAAGAUCCAGUCUAACGGGAAGGUCAGUUCAGGAUGAGGGCCAGGACUUUGCUGGGUUCAAACAAUGUCUCCUUAGCUUCUCAAGAAUAUGCCAGAUUAUCUAGGAAUCCAUUUUCUACCAGAAAGGCCUGAAAUUGCUGGAUCCUCAGGUAGAGAGAGGAUUUACCUUGUUGAGUCUUCUGAAACUGAGUUUAUUUUAUUAUUUUGUGUUGUUGUUAUUGUUCAGGGGCAGGGGAAGAGGGUGGGAGCUUUUAACAAGCUUUUUUUUUCUUGUUUUAGAAAACAUUUGAUUGUAUUAUGUGCAACUCUGUUGCUUCACAUUAUAUAACUACAACAAAAUAUUUUUGGAGGGGAGGUUCUUGGAAUACAAAGUCUAUUAAAAUGUGUUUGGCUGCUAAAGCAUUA